UAAAUUUGCUCUUCCCACUCUUACUCUCACUUUCAUUUUCUCUCUUUCUCAUGUUGAUCUUCAUUAGUAAAGUUAAUCAAAUUUUCUUUACCUUUUGUGAUUGAAAAGACACCAACGCCAAGCGAAAUUGUCAACAACGUGUUUACCAUAAUCACCGAGAAUUCGUUCUUUUACCUCCUAUUUUUUUCUUUUCUCUUCUUCUUCCUCCUCCUUCUUUAAUUUCUCUUCUCAUCAUCAGCCUUCAAUUUCGUUGAUUAUCAAGUUCUUUGAAUUUUUCUCUCACUUUCAUCAUCUCAUUUUCUCCGGUUACAGUUCUCUCAAUCAAACCCACUUUUCUUUUCUCCCAUUAAAUUACAUCACAUUGUUUUCCCUUCGCCGACGCCGCCAUUUCUAUACUUUUGUUUUCUUUUCUCUUUCAUCUCCAUCGUAUAAUCCUUAACUCUUGCGUAGGAAAGAGAGAGAGAGAGAGAGAGAGAGAGAGGGUGGAUCUUCAUCCUUUAGUGUUUAUGGGUGAGAGGGAACCCUGAAGACGAUAAAGAUCAUCAGAUAAUCAAUGGCUACUUCUAAUGUUCAUGGAUGUUCAAAUUCCACCGGUGGUUCUAAUGGUGACGAAGAUGAAGAUUCAAAUGGUCACGUUCUUUGUGCUUGGUGUCAAAAGAUUGGCUCUAAAGUGUUUUCUCUGAGAACUCACAAUGGCUUCAAGGCUUUUUGUAGUGAAUUGUGUUUCGCUCAAUGUAGACGAGCCUCGUUUAAGAAAAACAAAGUUUGUGAUUGGUGUAAACACGUUCGUCACACAGUUAAUUAUGUUGAUUUUCACACUGGUGAACAAACACUUCAAUUUUGUUCAGACAAAUGUCUUAAUCAAUAUAAGAUGAACAUUUUUUGUCGUGAAACUCAGGCUCAUCUAAACGCAUUUUCUGCUGUAUAUCGAUCACCAAGUCCACCUAGAAGUUAUCUUAAUUCUGGAAAUAUUUUUCGUUCUUCUAAUGAUCUCCUUCAUGAGAGUGAUAAAGAUGAACCAAAGGAAAUUGAAACUCCACCAACAACCCCGGAUCUUUGGCCUCGAAAUUCAAGUUUCCUCAAAUUGAUCGCCACUUCUUCAUCUUCCUCAUCACGAUCAAGUUUAUCCUCAAGUCCUCCUCCAACAUUAGAGUCUCUCUGUAGUUCGCCAGCCUCUUCGUCGAAAAGUAAUUCUCAGCAAUUAACUAUCCACAACAAUCAAGCUCCAAUCGACAAAUGUCCCAUAGAAAUUUGUGACAAUUUAAAUCUUUCUAAUGAAGAAUUGAAACCCAAAGACAUUGCUCGAAAUACUGAAACUUCGACUAAAAAAGCUUUAGUUAAGUUCAAAGUAGUUGGUAAUUCUCGAGAAAAUAAAGUCAAAUCUUCGUCAAUUCUUAAAUCUUCUAGUGGUAAUUGUAACAAGCAACGUUCCGUCAAAAGUCAGCGAAAUCUCAACAACAAUCAAGAAAAUAUCGUCGAUUCAAAUAGAAGCAAAAUUGGAAGCACUAACGAACGUUCAAAAGCCAAUUCGGUACCUUGUGAAUCUGUCCCUCCUAAUGAUCAUCCAGUACCGUUUUCAUCUCUUAGUCCUUCAAUUAAUCAACCAAUGCCAGUUAAAUUCUCAGAGCCGGUUACUAAUUGUUCACCGACAUUUACCAAUUUGCCGAAUCAGUGUUUUCCUAAUGGACCAGUGAGGUUACCUCAUUUUCCUCAUCCAUCUCAUCAAUUCUUCCAUCAACUUCGACCGGACUUGUUUCGUCUUCGUCAAUCUCUUCCAAUGCCACCGUUUAAUCAACAAAAUUUAUUCCGAUUACCUGGUGGACAUCAUUGUCCACCAUUUCCUCCGAUUCCAGUUCAUCAUCAUUCACCAUUUUCUUGUCCUUCUCAUUUACCAGGUCAUCAAGGUUCUCAACCACCGGCAUCAUUACAAUUUCAUCCAGCACCAAUUAUGGGACAAUCAGGACCAAAUAGUUCAUUUAAUUAUCCUAAUUCAUUUGGUCCAAUGGCCCAUCCAUAUUUACUACCUCUUCCAAUGCCGAUUCCACUUCCAAUUCCAUUUCCAAUUAGAUUUAAUUCAUCUUCCGACCUUAAAUCAGUGAUCUCAACGGAAGAUAAAGAAGUUCAAGUUGGCAUAAGUCAGGAAUUAUUUUCUCAAUUUAAUCCUAAUCCAAGACAAAUUAACGGUGUUGAUCCUUCAAAGAAUAUAAUCAACAUCUCAGAGCGUGAGAGUCAAACAAGAUUCCGAAUUGAUACUUUAAUGAAUAAACUGAUUGACAAAAGGAUGCGAGAAAUGGAUGAACCAAAUCACCAAGAAUUGAUCAACAUUCAAUCAAAUUGUAACGCAAUCAAUUUGAAAAGAAGUAAAAUUGAACAAUCAACAGAAUCUGUAAUUAAUUCUGUGAUGGAUUCAAGUUUAUCAAAUGGUUAUCAUAAUGAUUCACGUUCUUCAAAUCUUCUCAAAGCCAAAAGAUUUAAACGAGAUAUUUUAUCCAUUUAAUUAACAAUUAACGCUUUAAACAAGAACAGUAAUUAACGAUUGAAGUGAAGAAAAAAAAAUUGUUACAACUAAAUGAUAAAAUCUCAUCUAAUUACUGUUAUAUCAUUUAUCCAUUUCAAAAAUUCAUGUAUUUCAAAUGUUAUCAAAAAAAACUACAUUGUUGUAAAAUCAAUUGUUAAAUGUUGAUUAAAAUUCAUUGAUCAAACCUUAA